GGCAUUUUGAAAUACACCAGUACCAUUCGAUUUGGAAAAUCGCGGUUAAUUUGUAAGGAUUAGUAUAAUUAUAAGUGUAUUUAUAAGAUAAAGUCCUAGUUAAUUCAAUUUAAAUGGCAGAUUUACAAAUUGUUCCGGCUUACAAGAGUGUUGAGCCUCAAUAUGUGGAGAUGAAGGUUCCUCUAUAUUCUUUUGGCUGUGAAAGGAAAGUGAAGAAGGCUUUGAGUAAUUUAAGAGGAAUAUACUCGGUAAAUGUUGAUUAUGCGCAACAGAAGGUGACAGUGUGGGGAAUAUGCAACAAAUAUGAUGUGCUAGCUACUAUCAAGAACAAGAGAAAAGAUGCUCAGUUUUGGAAUCCUGAAGACAACAUUAAAUUGGAAGAAACUGAAGAUAAUUACAGGAUUAGCAGUAAUAUUAACAGUAAUGCCAUUUUAACUAAAGCCAAGACUUUUAGUUAUAGAGCUCUGAGAAAAGUAUUUAACAGAUCUCAAUCUUUCUAAACCAAGAUAGAUAUUGUAUUUAGAUAGAUUGAGCAAUUUGAUUAAUCAUUUCCUUCGAAAAUUUAUGAACUGAAUUUCUCAAUCUCUUGCCACUAUCUAAAUUUCAUAUCACCUGUUAUAUGAGUUUAUGACAUUAACAUCUAUACUGUGAUAUGUAAAUAAAUAAAUUAUACAGACCUAAAA